AUGUCACAGAGCUUAAAGAAAAGUUCGCCGGGGAGUUGCUCGCCGGCGGAAUGCUACGCCAGCCCAAUGAACAUGGAGGAGCCGGAUAUGGCGAAGCUGGAGCGGGCAGAGGAAGAGUCGAUAGCGAAGAUGCGCAGCCUCAGCAGCGCGGACGUCCAGCGACUGCGGAGCCUCACCCCGGAGAAUAUCAGGGAGAUGGACUCGUACCUCCAGGAUGCAGUUGAUGCAUUUUUUGCCAAUCGAAUCAGUGACUGUGAGGCAACGCUACGGAAGCGCAUGAAUGAAGACCCUCUGGCAGUGUGCGGAGCUGGACUCAUUGCAUUUGUGCGUUGCUGCCUCUCGAUGGAGCAGACACAGGCAGACAUAGCACUGGAGCUCCUCACCAAGUCCAGCGCACUCGCCACACAGGUGCUGCCUAGCGAGAUGAGCAUGAUAUCCAGCGGUUUCUCCAAGGUGUUUCAGCGCAAGAAAGACCCGAAAAGCAACUGGCUCAGCCCCGCGGAGUUCCGCGCAAAGAUGACGCAAGCGGAGAGCCAAGCCCUGCGCUGCUUUGCUCUUGUGCUCCAGCAGUCUGUCUCAUCACUCUUGAAGGCUGGCCUAGCGCUGAACCGUGCGAGCAGCAGCUACAAGUCUCUCUACGCGGAACUAGAGCAGCGCUACAAGGACAAGUAUAGAAACAACGAGGCCGCCAUGGCUCCCCACGACAAGCACGCAGCGCCAAAAGAAGGAGACGAUAAAGUUAAGUCGCCGGUGGGGUCGCUAGGCGGACUCACAGAAAAGGACGUCUCCCUUGAAGAAACGGCUGCGCUGGAGACACUCGGCCUUGACCGCAACUCGGUGCACUCCGUCGAGUUUGGUAUCGGAGCCAUCAGCCUCGCACUUUCCAUUCUGCCAGCCAACGUCCGAGCGCUGCUCCGCUUCAUCGGCGCCGACAGCAACCGUCAGGAAGGACUGAAGCUCGUGCGACGGUGUUUCAAGAGCGACACGCUUCUGUCGCCCUUCGCCAGCGCCCUGCUGCUUGCACUGUACGGCAUGCUGCCAGCGUCCUCGGCAUUUUUGGUUGAUUCCUACCUGCCUGUGGUGCAGGAAGUACGCAUGGAGGCGAUGCAAAAGGAGAACGUGCGUGAGUCUAUUCUGCACCUCUGGCUCGACGGCCGUAUUGAGCGACUGACGCGCUGCGUAGAGGUGAGCAUUGUCAAACUGAACCACUGUCUCGAUGUUGCCAGCCACCCGCAACUGCUGACCGCCAUGCCGCAGCUCCGCGACUUUGUCCUCUACGAUCAAUGGUUCAACUACGCCAUCAUGAACCAGUGGAAGCGUGCGAGCCGAUGUCUCGAGCUCCUCUCCAAGACGUCCAAGUGGGCGAAUGCCGUGUACCAGUACGUGCAGGCGUGCUGUCUUGAGAUGCUCGAGAUUGAAUGGGCAGAGGGAAUCCAGAACCCCGGCGGGGAGGAGGACUUCUUGCUGGAGGAUCUACACCGCAUUGUGGGCACGAGCAAAAUGAAGGAGCUGAAGUUGACCUUCUGCAACGUGUCAACACGAGAGGCCAUCGCUGAGACCAUCACCCGGCUCUACUGGGAAGCAGCGCAGCGCAAGCCUGUCACGCUCGGUGGGAAGCCAAACCACAACGACCAGUUUGUGCUGAAGCGGAUGGAGGAAAUUCUGGGGCACCACGGCAUUACCGCAUCCACCAUACUGGGAAAAAAGAAACUAGGCGAGCCGCUUGAGCCUGUACCAAAAGGGUUUGUCCUUCGUAAUAUUAUACCGCUCCCAGUGUAUGAGAUGUGCCUGAUUGCCGGCAUCGCCCAUCAGUAUCCGGCGGUGCGCAAGGACAAGAUAGUGACCCUGAUCAACGCAUACCUCUUACGGGAGCCGGUGCAGCGCCCCACUCCGCUCGCUGACUAUGUGGAUUCCUUGCGGGAACGCUGCAAGAGUGAGGCGGCCUCGGCGUCACUGGCUACCCCCACUAACACGGCAUCAAAAGCGUCACCCGUGCCGAGCGGGCCUACCUCCUCUGCUGCAUCACCAACCUCGGGCAAAUCCAGCACCUUUCUCCCCGCGAACUACCGGGUGUUAUGCCUAUGUGUUUACAAGUCGAUGCUGCUAGCAAACAGUGAGUCGAAGGAGGACCGGAAAUCCGCCUUGGAGGUGAUCAAGGCGAUUCAAGACACUCCACAGUACAAGGAUCGCCAGUGGAGCCUCUCUUACGCACAGGCCUUUACACUAUACGACAAAGCUUACAUCGUGUACCGCGAUGAAAGUCACGAGGAGGCUGAAUCUAUCAUGAACGAGCUGCACAAGCAGUACGACUCCGCCCAUUACUUCAUGCACGCGAAGAUGGACCUGAGGGCGCAUCUCGCCUCAUAUCACCUGCAAGAGGAGCGACAGGCUCGGGCUCCGAAGCACACGAAGAAGUAA